UCUCUAAUGUCAGUCAACAUAUGUCAAAAACAAAAAUGUGAUACGUCAAAAUUAUGGUACUCCAAAAUCUUUUAUUGGAGACGUGUAUUAAUUUGAAAUGUUAACAUAUUUUCAAGAACAAAACCAUGGCACUUCCAGGGAACGGGAUUUUUGUCGUCAAAGGCGAAAUAUCAAACUUGCUGGCGGCUAUGAAAAGGGGCACAAGAUGGUCAUCACAUUCUUAUCAAGACGAUGAUGUAGAUGCCCUAUUAAGAAACUUCCAAGAGUUAAGAGAUAUUUUAGAUAAUGUAGACGACUUGAGAUUCGUAGAACCUAACACGUUUUUAGCUCCUUUUUUGAAUGUCAUAAGGUCUGAAGAGACUACAGGGCCUGUAACCAGUUUGGCACUAUCUGCAGUAAAUAAGUUUUUGUCAUAUGGUCUCUUAGACCCCGUGCACGCCUCUAUCCCACAAACCAUUCACAGCAUAGCUGACGCAGUUACCCAUGCCCGAUUCGUGGGCACCGACCAGUCAUCCGACGGGGUAGUCUUGAUGCGCAUUUUACAAGUCCUUAGAACUCUGACCCUAUCCCCGGAAGGUGCCACCCUAACCAAUGAAAGCCUUUGCGAAAUAAUGCUGUCAUGUUUCCGGAUAUGCUUCGAAACAAGACUGGCCGAUCUUCUACGAAAAACUGCCGAACACUAUCUCAAAGACAUGGUGCAAUUAAUAUUCAUGAGACUGCCCCAAUUCUCUGAAGAUCUGAAGGUUUCCUACAUCAAGCAACUCAAAAUGAAACCGGGAGCUCUAGACCAAACUCGAACAAAAAGAAAAAAGUAUUAUCCGAAAAAAGAGAGUAAAGAAUUAGAAACUCCACCACCGCAAGAAAUUAUUGUUCAAAAUCCCGCACAAACCGGCAUAGUAGAUAUGCAAGGAGCAAUUCUACAAAAUAACGAUAGUACCACCACUACUAACUCUGUUAAUAUUCCUUCUAGUCCAACUCAACGUGAUAACGAUAUAACCAUAGAUAUACCUACAGACGAAAGUUUGAAAAACUCAGAAACUACAUCGAGCUUAGAAGAUAGUAUGGAAGUGAAACCUGUUGUGGAAGAACCUAAAUCUGAAGAAUCCGAAGAGCAGUACCAUCAAACUCAAGAUUAUGUGAAUCGGAGAGGUAUACGGUUCACUCCUCAACUACAACAAGAAGUGAAUCUAUCGCCCUACGGUCUAGCUUGCGUAAGGGAACUUCUAAGGUUUCUGAUUAGCCUUUGUAACCCUUUGGAUAAGCAAAAUACCGAUAUAAUGAUGCAUUUGGGCCUCACUCUACUUACAGUGGCUUUUGAAAUAAGUGCUGAUAAUAUAGGAAAAUACAGCACAUUGUUGGCGUUAGUUAAAGAUGAUUUGUGUAGAAAUUUAUUCGCAUUGAUGAACACCGAAAGACUAACAAUAUUCGCAGCUGAUCUACAAGUAUCUUUUUUACUAUUCGAAUCGUUAAGAACGCAUUUGAAGUACCAAUUAGAACAUUAUUUAAAGAAAUUAAUAGAGAUUAUUUUAAACGAUUCUAAUAAAGUGACCUACGAACAUAAAGAGAUCGCUUUAGACAAUCUUCUUCAAUUAUGGAGGAUACCGGGAUUCCACACUGAACUGUACGUGAAUUAUGAUUGCGACAUGUACUGCGCAAAUUUGUACGAAGAACUGACCAAAUUAUUAGCUAAACAUUCGAUUUCUUCGACUUCCGGAGUAUAUCACACCCACUUGCUUUCUCUGGAUGCUCUGUUGAUUAUAGCUGAAGGUAUCGAGAAUAGAUGUUGCGAGGAAAAGGGUAGGAUAGAAUCGGAGGAUAAUGAUGAAAUAACGAAUGAUAUUAGCUAUUUUAUAGGGAAGAGUUCUAGGAUAAAGAUUUCGGAAAAUGUGCCCAAAAAGGAGGAGCUGGCUGCCAAGAAGUCGAUCAAAAAAUGGCUGCCGCAAGGCACUGAAUAUUUUAAUCAAAAGCCGAAAAAGGGCAUACAAUUUCUUCAAGAGCACGGCGUUUUGAAGCACGAGCUGGACGUCGAUGAAGUUUCGAGAUUUUUAAGAGAAAAUCCCGCUUUAAACAAAGGCAUGAUUGGAGAAUAUGUUAGUAACAGAAGCAAUUUAAAAAUACUGGAUGCUUUUGUCAAAACUUUUAGUUUUACCGGAGUACGAAUCGAUGAAGCUUUAAGGACGUUUUUAGAAUCUUUUAGGUUACCAGGUGAAGCGCCGACGAUUUCUCUAAUUCUAGAGCACUUCGCCGAGCAUUGGCACAAGAGCAAUGGUGAACCUUUUGCCGAUGUUGAUUCGGCUUUCACACUGGCUUACGCCAUUAUUAUGUUGAAUGUGGACCAACACAACGAAAAUGCCAAAAAGCAGACCGUUCCAAUGACCCCUACUGCUUUCAAGAAGAAUCUGAAAGGUGUUAAUGGAGGUAACGAUUUUGAAGAAGAAAUGCUAGACGAAAUCUACACAACAAUCAAAAACGAAGAAAUCGUAAUGCCCGCGGAACACACGGGCUUGGUCAGAGAAAAUUAUCUGUGGAAAAUUCUCUUGCGCAAAGGACAAACGAAGGAUGGUUGUUAUAUACACGACAAUAGCGGCACUUAUGAUUCAGAGUUGUUCCAAAUUGUUUACGGACCUAUCGUGGCUGCAUUAUCUUCUGUCUACGAAAAAUCAGAAAACGAGAGUGUUCAUAAAAAAGUCAUACAAGGUUUCGAACGCUGCGCUUUCAUAGCUGCAAACCUCAACAUGACCAAAAACUUGGACAUGUUGAUACUCAGCAUAUCCAAAUUCACCAUCUUCUACAACCAACAAAAGCAAAACACCAUCGUCGUUCAAUUCGGCGCCAACGCCAAAGCUCAAUUAGCCUUAAAAUCGGUCUUUUCCCUCAUCCACCAGCACGGCAACACGAUGAGAGAAGGAUGGAAGCAUUUAUUCGAUCUCCUGUUGGCUUUGUACAGUAACGGGUUGCUGUCGAAAACUUUCGUCGAAGUCGAAGACUUUAUCGAACCCAGCGGGAAGCUCAAUCUGGUGUACAAAGAAGCUCCCGCGGCCGCUAAGCAGGAUACAGGAUUGUUGAGCUCUUUGUACUCCUACAUGGUGUCCGCCGAGAAUCUAUCUAAAAUGCCUACGCCUGAAGAACAGAACUACAUCGAAGCGGCGAAAGAAUGCAUCAAGGAUUGCAACUUGGAGCAGAUGAUCAGCGAUUCGAAGUUCUUGCACGAAGAGGCCUUGUUCGAGUUGGUGAAGUCGCUAAUUGAACUGUCAAGGGGACCAGAUGUGCAAGAAAGCUUGGCGUAUGAUUACAACGAGAACGUGACGAUUUUCUUUUUGGAGGUGUUAAUCAAAGUGGUUAUACAAAACAGGGAUCGAGUCAUGACGAUUUGGAACAACGUUAGAGAUCAUAUUUAUACGUUGGUGAUGAACGCGUCAUUGUUCGAUUAUCAGUUCUUGUUGGAGCGAUCUGUUAUAGGUUUAUUACGAAUCGCCAUCCGGUUGAUGCGAAACGAAGAAAUGAGCCACAUUGUCCUACAAUCCUUAAGGAUGCUUCUCCUAUUAAAAUCCAGCACACUUUCCAGGAUAUCCCGUCAAAUAUCGUUCGGUUUAUAUGAACUACUAAAAACGUCCGCCCAAAAUAUACACACCAACACGGACUGGACCAUUAUUUUUACGCUUCUCGAAUGCGUUGGAGCUGGCGCCCAACCUCCGAAACCAGUCACUUCUGCCGAAGAUACUGACUUAAAAUCGAAAUCUGACGGCGAAACUUCGGAUCAUCAUGAAGAAGAAGGUGCGUUAUCUGAUUCGGAGCUUACGAAAAGUCCGAAACGCGGCGUUCAAAGGCCUCAGAGUCCCGUCACAGUCGUUACAUCGCCCGUCGGUACUCCCAAUACAGGUGGUUGGAUUCUCGUCGGCAACGAAGGCGAAAUCCAACCGGUCAUGGGCCGAACCGUCCCGCCGACUCAAUACGGCUUGUCUCUUGAAAAGAACCUCGGCAGCCACGAUCCGCGAAGCAUGAUGAAAUGCUGCGAGAGCCUCGCGUUCCUUGUACGCGACGUGGCCCACAUCACUCCGUACAAUUUCGACGUGUGCGUUCACUGCAUACGAACCUUCGUCGAGGCCAGUCUGCACGGCACCAGCCUCAGACGAACCAGAUCGAGAAAGAAGUCCUCGGACAGGCACCGGACGAGAAAGAGCCCUGCCAGCAGUCCUGAUGAGGACGACAGUGAUGACGACGACAUUCCAAGCGGCUACCAUCAAAUAUCCAUACAAUUAUUAGAUUUGAUGCACACGCUGCAUACACGAACGGCGCAGAUUUUUAAAUGGUGGGCCGAAGAGGGCGGCGAAAUAUCGCAAGAGACGUCGCUGUGGACUCAAGGCUGGUGCCCGCUGUUACAAGGGAUCGCGCGAUUGUGCUGUGAUACCAGAAGACCCGUGCGGAUGAGCGCUAUAACGUACCUGCAGAGAGCGUUGCUGGUGCACGAUCUUCAAACAUUGAGCGGGCCCGAAUGGGAGCAAUGUUUCCAGAGAGUUUUAUUCCCGCUUUUAAGUUACCUACUACAAUCGAUCAGUCCUAAAGACGCCAUCGCCAUGGAGGAAACUAGAAUAAGAGCGGCAACGGUGCUAUCGAAAGUAUUUUUACAUCACCUCACCCCACUGCUAGCGUUGCCGAGUUUUUUCAAUCUUUGGUUGGUCGUUCUGGACUUUAUGGACAAAUACAUGCAUGCGGAUAGGAGCGAAUUGUUGUACGAAGCUAUUCCGGAAAGUCUGAAGAACAUGCUGCUAGUAAUGGACUCGGCUAGAGUGUUUGAUGGUCCCGACGGUAAAAAUGUGCUUUGGAAUGCGACUUGGGAUCGAAUAGGGAAAUUUUUACCGACGAUGAAAGACGAUUUGUUCAAGGAAAUCGAAGAUCAAAUUCGAAAAAACGAGGAAGUGGCGGUGAGUGUUGAUGUAGUUGUGAAUAAGGAUGAAAGUCAGAUGAAUGCGGAAAAACUUAUUGCCUGUUAAUUUUUUUGUUAUAUUGUUUAUAAUUUUUUUUCUUUUGUGAAAUAAAUCUGUACUAGAUGUAUAUUUUUUAGUUGUAAAAUAAUAAGUGUCAAAGAA